CUAGGCCGGCGGGCAGCGGGAGGCGCCAGCUCGCCGCCAUGUCCGUGGUGGGCAUCGACCUCGGCUUCCUCAACUGCUACAUCGGCGUCGCGCGCAGCGGCGGCAUCGAGACCAUCGCCAACGAGUACAGCGACCGUUGCACCCCAGCAUGUAUAUCUUUAGGAUCCAAGACACGAGCCAUAGGGAAUGCAGCAAAGAGCCAGAUUGUCACAAAUGUAAAAAAUACAUUACAUGGCUUCAAAAAACUGCAUGGAAGAGCAUUUGAAGAUCCUUACAUACAGGCUGAAAGGGCCAAACUUCCCUAUGAGYUUCAGAAGAUGCCAAAUGGCUCUGUAGGAGUAAAGGUGAGAUACCUAGAUGAAGAAAGACCAUUUGCAAUUGAACAGAUAACAGGAAUGUUGUUGGCCAAGCUCAAAGAGACUUCAGAGAGUGCUUUGAAGAAGCCAGUGGCAGACUGUGUGAUUUCAGUACCCAGCUUCUUCACUGAUGCCGAGAGGAGAUCUGUAAUGGCAGCUGCACAGAUUGCAGGAUUAAAUUGUCUCAGGCUGAUGAAUGAAACGACAGCAGUUGCACUAGCCUAUGGCAUAUACAAGCAAGAUCUGCCUGCCUUGGAAGAAAGACCAAGAAACGUGGUCUUUGUGGAUAUGGGACAUUCUGCAUAUCAGGUUUCAAUCUGUGCUUUUAACAAGGGAAAACUAAAGGUCUUGGCAACUACCUUUGAUCCUUUCUUAGGUGGUAGGAAUUUUGAUGAGGCUUUGGUAGACUACUUCUCUGAAGAAUUCAGGACAAAAUACAAACUGAAUGUAAAAGAGAAUCCCCGAGCACUGCUGCGACUAUAUCAGGAAUGUGAAAAACUAAAGAAGCUUAUGAGUGCAAAUGCUUCUGACCUUCCACUUAACAUUGAAUGCUUCAUGAAUGACCUUGAUGUCUCUAGUAAGAUGAACAGAGCUCAGUUUGAACAAUUGUGUGCUGCCCUUCUGUGCAGAGUGGAACCUCCUCUAAGAGCAGCCAUGGAUCAAGCUAGACUUCAGCGUGAAGAUAUCUAUGGUAUAGAAAUUGUAGGUGGGGCCACUAGAAUCCCAGCAGUGAAGGAACAAAUCUCUAACUUCUUUUGUAAAGAAAUCAGCACCACACUAAAUGCUGAUGAAGCUGUUGCAAGAGGCUGUGCCUUGCAGUGUGCAAUUCUUUCCCCAGCUUUUAAAGUACGUGAAUUUUCCAUCACAGAUGUUGUUCCCUAUUCAAUAACAUUAAGAUGGAAAUCUUCUUACGAAGAAGGAACAGGGGAAUGUGAAGUCUUCAGCAAGAACCAUGCUGCUCCAUUCUCCAAAGUAAUUACUUUCCACAAGAAAGAGCCUUUUGAUCUGGAAGCUUACUAUUCCCAUCCUCAUGAAGUGCCUUAUCCUGAUUCCAGAAUAGGGCGUUUCACUAUUCAAAAYGUUCUUCCCCAACAUGAUGGUGACAAUUCCAAAGUGAAGGUUAAAGUGCGUGUCAACAUUCAUGGUCUCUUCAGUGUGGCCAGCGCCUCGGUUAUAGAGAGGCAGAACAUAGAUGGAGAUCACAACGACACACCUAUGGACACUGAAUCAUCAAGUAAGAAUCAAGGCAGAGAUGAUGAGCUGGAUAAAAUGCAAAUUGAUCAAGAUGAARGUAUUCAAAAAAGUCAGGCUGAACAACAGAGCCAAGCAGAUGAGGAAACCGAAAACGCAGGAACUGAAACAAAGACUGCUUCUGGAGACAAGCAGGAUCAUCUAAACCAGCCUAAAGCUAAAGCAAAAGUCAAAAGUAUUGACCUACCUAUACAGGCUAGCCUCUACAGACAACUGGGACAAGAUCUUAUCAAUUGCUACAUAGAAAAUGAGGGCAAGAUGAUGAUGCAGGACAAGCUCGAGAAAGAGAGAAAUGAUGCUAAGAAUGCUGUUGAAGAAUAUGUGUAUGACUUCAGAGACAAGCUCUGUGGAGUUUUUGAGAAAUUCAUCACUGAAGAAGAUUCAAAUAAACUGACCUUGAUGUUGGAAGACACAGAAAACUGGCUUUAUGAAGAUGGAGAAGACCAGCCAAAACAAGUGUAUAUGGAUAAGCUUCAGGAGUUGAGAAAAUUUGGACAGCCUAUUCAGGAAAGAUACAUGGAACAUGAAGAGAGACCAAAAGCUUUAAAUGAACUGGGAAAGAAGAUUCAGCUCCUUAUGAAAGCAGUAGAAGCCUAUAAAAAUAAGGAUGAAAAAUACGAUCAUCUAGAUCCUGCUGAGAUGGAAAAAGUUGAAAAAUGCAUUAGUGAAGCUAUGAAUUGGUUGAACAGCAAGAUGAAUGCCCAAAAUAAACUAAGUUUAACUCAGGAUCCAGUCGUCAAAGUGGCAGAAAUGGUGGCAAAAGCCAAGGAACUGGAUAGCUUCUGUAACCCCAUUGUGUACAAGCCCAAACCAAAGGUAGAUGCUCCCAGCAACGGGCAGGCGAGAGCUAACGGGGAGCACAAUGGACCAGUGAACGGGCAGAGCGGAGCGGAAUCCAAGCCAGAUGCAGCCAAGGAUUAYGCCCAGCAGACCAAACCAUCUGGAGAAAUGGAAGUGGACUAAAUCCUACGUUUCUUUCACUUAAUUAAAAUAGUGCAAGUAACCACAGGGUCCAUUCUUUUUGUCUGGUACACACCUCAAAUGUUCAGUUAUUCGUAGCUAACUUUCUGUCAUUUGUUGUUGCAGUAGUUCUCUGAAAGUGUUUUAUAUUAAGUACACCUCUGUUCAUUUCCACUGAUGCUGCUUAUGUGGAGCUUUAGCCAAAUGUAGAUUGUAUAAGUCAGUUCAAGCUUUCCCAGUAUAUUUUAUAUCUCAAACAUUCAGAAUUGAUAUAUAAAUGGCAACAAUCUACCUUAUUUAAAGCUUUUAUUGUGGAUAAACCUCAGCUCCUUUAUUCAGGAAAGGAUACUGUAUUGCACUACUGAUGCUCAAGUAUAGAUCUAAUUGCAUCUUUAUUUUGGAAAAAUAUUGGAAUUGAAGUGGCAAACUGUCACUUUAAGCACUGACCUUUUCUAGUUAUUGUAUUGU